AUGGCUUCAUCGUAUUCUACUUCUAUUGAUGAUGUUGAAAUGAGUUGUAAGGGCAUGCAAUUCUUGUUAAAUAAUGAUCUCGAUGCAUGUCAAGCUCUUUUCGAUCAAUAUCGAUAUUAUUCACCAUUGAUGAAUGGCGGUUGGUCAUUUGUUUCGUUCAUGCGUGCUGUGAUAUCUUUCGAUGAUCAGCGUUUAACGCAAGCUGGUCGUGACCUUGCGGAGUCAGAGAAAUUAUGUGCAAAUGAAACAACAUCAAAAUUUACGCGUCCAAACCCAUCGCCAGAUCCAAAGACGGUUACUUACGAAGAAAAUCUUACUCGACGAAUCGUCAUUGCUGAUUGUAAACUCUAUCAAGCAAUUUUAACAUUGAUUAAACAAGAACUAUCAGGUUUAAUUGGUGCUGGUUUACUUUUGCGCAAAGCAUGGAAAGUCUAUGAAAAACUUCACAGCGAACUAUUCGAAUUAUAUCGAGCUAAAGAUCCCAAUGCCGAAAAAGAUUACGGAGCCAAACCAGAAGACAACAUAGCAAUACAAUUUGAAGACACAAAUGGAAGUACAGUUAAUGGUGACGACGACGACGAUAAUCUUUCGUUUAAAAGUUUUGACAGUGAUACGAAUAAUUUAUCCGAUGAUCUUCCGUUAUUUACAAUAAAACGCCUUUUGGGUUCCGUUUCGUUUGGUUAUGGACUUUUUCAAAUAGCACUUUCAUUUGUUCCACCAAGAAUUAUGAAACUAAUCAAACUUCUCGGAUUUGAGAGCGAUCGAAAAGCUGCAUUGGCUGCUCUUCGGUUUUCUAGUCAAAGCGUGGACAUGAAAGCUCCGUUAGCAAAUCUAACCUUAUUAUGGUAUCAUUGCAUAAUUCAACCAUUCUUUGCCAUUGACAUAUCUAGUCCACCUGAUGUUAGCGAAGCGAAAGUGAUUCUUAAGCGUAAUAUUGCGAAAUAUGAUCGAUCAACGCUGUUUAUAUAUUUCCAAGGACGUUUGGAACGUCUUGAAAAAGAUCUUCCAAAAGCUUUGUCAACAUUUUUGAAUGGUCUUAACGCUGCUAAUUCGCAAAUACAAGCCGCAUCAAGUCCAAGAUACAAUGAAUUAGAUCAGAUAUUAGUCUACGAUCUUGGAUUUUGUUAUAUGAUGGGACUAAAUUUUGAAUAUGCUUUGUCCUGCUUUUCGAGAUUGAAAGAUGAGAGUCGGUGGUCAAAAGCGUUUUAUUGCUAUACUUGUGCAAUUUGCUCAGCAGCGAUGAAUGAUGGAAAAUCAUCCGCUAAUUUCGUCAAAGAAGGAAUCAAACUUCUUCAGAAGCGCUCAAAUCCGGUGGAAUUAUUUGUGCAAAAACGAUUGGACUAUUUGAAAAAAUAUCCACCGUCAGUAUCAUCAGCUUAUGUACUUGUCAUCGAAAUGUUAUACUUAUGGAUUCUUCUACCGCUUUGUGAAGAACCAACAAUACGAAGAAUGUUGCAAAUUAUUGAAAAACAUGGCCAAGAUUCGAAGGAUGAUGCUAAACUUCGUCCAAUUACUUGUUUUCUCGAAGGAGCGAUUCAUAAUAUCAUACAUGACUUUAAUGAUGCUGAAAAUUGUUAUGAAGAAGCUCUGGCUCGAGUUGACGAUUCGAAAUUAAUUUUCACGAAAUACAUUUUGCCAUUUGCUUCAUGUGAACUUGGUAUUCUUGAAUAUCUUCAUCAUCAAAAUACCGAACGAGCAAAAGAGCUGCUAACACGAGCUAAAGAGAAAUAUUCGGAUUAUGAUUUCGACAAUCGUUUACAAAUUCGAGCAACAGCAACAUUGAAAAUUAUUUCCGCGCAAGAAGCCGCUAGUGCUGAUCAUUAA